AUGGGUGCUGCCUUAUCUAUUCCUCUCAUACCUGUUCAAAUGGCAGGCACAUGGGUUGCAUCUUGUUUGGGAGCAGCCUGUUGCUCAGCCUUCACAAACACAUUUAACACCACCUUUAGCUCUUCUAUCGCCACGCGUAUAUUAUAUGCUCUAAUAUUCUUGGUAAAUAGUAUUCUCUCAUGGAUAAUGCUAUCAAAAUGGGCGGUGCGAAAGCUAGAAACACUAACCUUUGGAUUAAUCAAAGCCAGUGAAGGGGCAAAUUUCUUUGGAGUGCAAAGAAUCAAUUUUGCACUUGCAGUUUUUCAUCUUCUGCUUGCCUUGUUGCUAGUCAAUGUUAAAUCCACUAAAAAUUCAAGAGCAAAAAUUCAAAAUGGUAUUUGGCCAGUGAAGUUGUUUUUUUGGGGCGUUUUAUUGGUUAUUUCUUUUUUGAUUCCUGACAAGUUUUAUGAACUCUAUGGUAAUUAUAUUGCGCUUAUUGGUGCAUUACUUUUCAAUCUAAUUGGAUUAAUUUUGCUCGUGGAUUUUGCGCACGAAUGGUCGGAAAUUUGUCUUGAACAUAUUCAAAAUGAAUCAUAUCUGUCAGUUAGGCUUGAUAUUGAAGGUGACUAUGAAGAAUACGAUUCUGAAGGUUCCCAAGGUGCCAGGUUCUGGACUUUUCUUUUGGUAGGUGGCACUGCUUUGAUGUAUAUUGCCACCUUGGUGCUUACUAUCAUAAUGUAUAUUUUCUUUGCGAACAAGGGUUGCUCUUUGAAUCAAGCUUUCAUCACAGUCAAUGUGAUAUGCGCUAUUAUUGUUACUUUACUUUCGGUUGACGAAAGGAUCCGUGAUGCAAACCCUUCUAAUGGUCUUGGUCAAUCGGGUAUGGUCUGUGUUUAUUGUACAUAUCUUAUCCUUUCUGCCUGCUGCUCUGCUCCAGAUGGUUCCUGCAAUCCAGUGGUCAGAUCUACCGGUACUAAAACUGUAAGCAUUGUCAUGUCUGCGAUAUUUACCUUUAUGGCUAUUGCGUAUACUACUACACGUGCUGCAACAAAUAGUGCUUUCUCUCAUGACGCCAAACCAAACCAUGGUAUUGCUUCUCCACCAUCUUCAGUCAUUACAACUCAACCGGGUCCAGUUGAUGAUAUUCGUAUUCAAACCAUACGUCAAGCGGUGGAAGAAGGUGCACUUCCACCUUCGGCUUUGGAUGAUCCAAGUUGGUAUUACGAUGACUCAGAUGCUGGGGAGGAUGACGAGGCCUUUUCAACCAAAUACAAUUAUUUUAUCUUUCACUUCAUCUUUUUGUUGGCAACGCAAUUCAUUGCAACUUUAUUAACUAUGAAUGUCAAGCCUGAUGAUUUGGGUGACUUUGUACCAGUUGGCAGAACCAACUUCUACAGUAUUAUGAAAAUGGUGAGUGCUUUGAUUUGCUAUGCAUUGUAUCUGUGGUCUCUUAUAGCCCCGGUUGUAUUUCCGGAUCGUUUCGCUGUUUCUAUUUGA